AUGACUGACAGCACGGGUCCAAACAGCUCCGACCCCCCGCUCCGCGUCCCGGAAAGCCGGGCCCCGCAGCAGGGCCCUGUCAACAUCACCUACGUGGAAUUCUACCUGCACAAGCCCUCCAUCGCCGCCGUGUUCGCCGUGUCCUACCUGCUCAUCUUCCUGCUGUGCAUGGUGGGCAACGGCAUCGUGGGCUUCAUCGUGCUGCGCAGUAGGAACAUGCGCACGGUCACCAACAUCUUCAUACUCAACCUGGCCAUCAGCGACAUGCUGGUGGGCAUCUUCUGCAUGCCCACCACCCUCAUCGACAACAUAAUCACAGGUUGGCCGUUUGGCAGCGUUGUGUGUAAGCUCAGUGGGAUGGUCCAGGGGAUUUCUGUCUCCGCCUCAGUCUUCACUCUAGUGGCCAUAGCUGUGGACCGGUUUCGUUGCAUCGUGUACCCCUUCAAGCAGAAGAUCACCGUUGGCCUCUCCAAGAUGAUCCUGGUGGUGAUCUGGGUCCUGGCCGUCUCCAUCAUGUGUCCCUCCGGCCUCAUGCUGCAGGUCACCAAGGAGCACAGCGUCCGCAUCCGAACGGGACCCCUCGACGCCAACGCCGCCGCCGCCUCCCGUCCCUUCUACUGGUGCCGGGAGAACUGGCCCACCCAACAGAUGCGCAAGGUCUACACCACCGUGCUGUUCGCCAGCAUCUUCCUCGCCCCGCUCGCGCUCAUCGUCAUCAUGUACGCCCGCAUCGGCCUCACCCUCUUCAAGACCACCGUUCCCCCCGACGGCAGGGGCAGUGGCAGCGGAGGGACCCGGGACGACGGGGGGGUUGGCGGCGAAGGGAGGCCGACCGCCCCCGCGGACAGACGGCAGAGCGUCUCCAGGAAGAAGAAGCGCGCGGUGAAGAUGCUUCUGGUGGUGGCGCUGCUCUUCGUGGUGUCCUGGCUGCCCCUGUGGACCCUGAUGCUGCUCAGCGACUACGCCAGCCUCAGCGCGCGGCAGCACCGCGUGCUCAACAUCUACGUGUACCCGCUGUCCCACUGGCUGGCCUUCUUCAACAGCAGCGUCAACCCCAUCAUCUACGGCUUCUUCAACGACAACUUCCAGCGCGGCUUCCAGGCCGCCUUUAAGUUCCAGCUGUGCUCGGCGGUCCUCGAACGCCAGAGGACCCUCUCCCUGAGGCUCCUGGGCCGCGCCGCCGCCGGGCCCCAGGGGAACCAGCCGCCGGCCCCUGGCGCUAGGGGGCUAGUGUCCAGGCCGCCGAGCGGAGGAGCAGCGGAGGGACCAUGCUGGGGUCAGGAGGAGAGGUGUGUGUCUGUGAGCAGUGAGGGGCAGGAUGAACUUGAACUGGUCACUGAAGGCCCAGUUGAGGUGUCUCAGGUUUAGGUGUGUUUUGGAAGUUUAUACGUAUCAAUUUACACUGCUAGCCAAACCUUAAGAUAUUUGUGUAACUCGCUAUUGGUUCGGCUUUACGUCAAGUGAACAACAAUCUUGCACCCAACAUAUUAAUUGAGGCUAUUAGUAUCUUGCAGGUCUACACAUCAUGCAAUGGUCUACACGUCAUGAAAUUUCAACCCCUCAAACUUUUUCAUUUUGUUUGCAAUGGUAGAGUAGAGGGCAUACGAAGAGAGAAACAUUUGAAGACGAAUUGCAAACUAGCCUAUCUGCUAGUUGGUUCACUCAUUCGUUUGAACAUUCACAAAUCUUGGCUGUCACCUUAUUGUGAUUUGGGUAGAAAGUUACUAUUAUGAAGUGUUUACAAAACUUUGUAAACACUAAAACACUUUUGCUAUUUCUGUAAAACACUUUAGCUGCAUGCUGAUCGGUUGAUUGUACAAUUUGUGUUUGCCACACUGUGAUUGACAGAAAGGUAUCACUUUAACACUGUAAUCAGCCUUACACACGUGGUUGGUCGAUGAUAAAUAUUUGUGGUGUAAUUUGUGUCAUAUAUAUAUAUAU